UCGUUCGUUCCUGCAAGUUGGCAGCGGCGGCAUGUGUUAACAUAGUUUUGUGAAGAAAAUUGUGUACAUAUUGCACAUAAACAAAAUGACAGAAUCAAGUUAUCAUUUUAAAAUUCCUAAUAUUCAAGACAAUCCUACAGGAUGGGGACCUUGUUCUUUACCCGAACAAUUUUUGGAUAUGCCAUACCAGCAGUUUUCGAAAAAUGAUCGACUAGGAAAGGUUGCUGAUUGGACUGGGAACACUUAUCAAGAUCGACGUUAUGCUAAUAAAUAUCAAAGUCAGUUUGGUGCUGGUAGUCAAUAUGCUUACUUUCAUGAAGAGGAUGAAACAACUUUCCAAUUGGUUGAUACUACAAGAGUUCAUAAACCCAUGCAUCAUAGAGGUCGCUUCCGUAUGAAUCAGCAACGAAAUCUGCGUAAUCGAGAACGUAUGAAGCAAGCCCAACAGGCACAAAUGCAAGUAUUAUCCAAGACAGCUAAAGGGCGAGAAAGGGACAGAAUCCAACAAGUUCGUAAGUGGCAGAAACAAAUGCGCCACAAAUUUGAUAAUAAAGGUCAAGCUCCUGUCAAGAAUCGUGAUGCUUCUGUAACUGUUAGACCAGAAUGGCAAGUUAUUGAAGAAAUGGAUUUUCCUAGACUUGGAAAACUUUCCCUUCCUAAUGUCACUGAGGGAAAAGAUGUAUACACUUGUGGAGCUGUUGAAUAUUAUGAUAAAUCAUAUGAUAGAGUAACAUGUAAACUGGAAAAACCACUUCAGAGAGUUAAUAGGAUUUUCCACAAAGUAACUACUACUGAUGAUCCAAUCAUCCGUCAGCUUACCAAGUCAGAAGGAACUGUGUUUGCUACUGAUUCUAUAAUUGCUACUCUUAUGUGUGCUACACGAUCGGUUUACUCUUGGGAUGUUGUUGUUCAACGUGUUGGGAACAAAUUGUUUUUUGAUAAGAGGGAUGAUUCUGAAUUUGAUUUAUUGACUGUAAACGAAACUGCUGCUGAGCCACCUCAUGAGGAAGGAAAUAGUAUCAAUUCUCCUAGAAAUUUGGCCUUGGAAGCAACUUUCAUUAACCAUAACUUCUCUCAACAAGUUCUUAAGAUGGGAGAAGAAAAGUACUCUUUAGAAAAUCCUAAUCCAUUUAUUCAAGCUGAUGAAGAUGGAGAGGUUGCAUCAGUUGCUUAUAGAUAUCGUAUGUGGGACCUUGGGGAUAAUGUAGAAUUGAUUGUCCGCUGUGAACAUGAUGCUGUUAUGUUAGGCCCUAACUCUGAGCCUCAGUUCAUAAAUAUUAAAGCUUUGAAUGAAUGGGAUCCAAGAUGUUCUGGAAAUAUUGAUUGGCGUCAGAAGUUGGAUACUCAGAGAGGUGCUGUUCUGGCUAAUGAACUGAAGAAUAAUUCUUGCAAACUUGCCAAGUGGACUGUUCAGGCAUUAUUGGCUGGUUCUGAUCAAAUUAAAUUUGGAUAUGUGUCCCGUGUUCAUGUGCGAGAUUCAGCCAAACAUGCUAUUUUGGGUACUCAACAGUUUAAGCCGAAAGAAUUUGCUGAUCAAAUCAAUUUGAAUAUGGACAAUGCUUGGGGCAUCCUUCGUUGUAUCAUUGAUCAGUGCAUGAAAUUAAAGGAAGGCAAAUACCUUAUAAUGAAAGAUCCGAACAAACCUGUUAUCCGUCUGUAUGAUAUUCCUGACAACACUUUUGAAACUGAAGAUGAUGAAGAGGAAGAUGAUGAGGGUAAUGAUGAACUAAAUGAAGGAGCAGAAGAUUAGUUUAUCAAUUUCCAUUAGAAGAUUUUCAAAUAAAGAAUAAAGUUGAAAGGAUUAUCUUCUCAA